UCCUAUACUUGACACAUCAUGUUUUAAGAUUAUUGUGUAGAUAACGUGAUGAUUGAAAUGUUAUUGAUAAUAUUUCUUCACAUUUUAACAUAUCUCUUACAUUUUUAUGAAAGCAUUUGGAUAUAACUUACGAGAUAUUUUAUCAACUGUGAUUCAAUAUACUGGAUUUAUCUUAAUAUGAUAACUCAUGUAAGUUCAUGUCAAAACAGAAAGAGUGGAUAAUGUGUUCAAGUUAAAGCAAUACCUAUCUCUUAGAAAACACUUUGGAAUUAUAAACGAUGGCGGAAAAUAAAGAGAGUGACGUUGUAGAAGAAGAAAAGAAUUGUAAACUGACCUACUAUUUUCGCGAUCUACUAAAGGAGCGAAUAAAUUUUCAGAUACCUAGAGAAGAGACAGUUGACAUAGUACGUGCCAUUGAAACACUCGUUUCGAUCAUUUUAGGGCACGUGACCUCAAAAGUACAUUGGCUUCCUUUCUCAAGACUUUUAAAAGUAGGUAGUAUGGCAGAAAGAACAAGUAUUGUAUUUCCGGACGAAUUCGACUACCUUGCUAUUUAUAAACAGAAUGGAAUGCAGGUCGAGAGAGUAUGUAAAGAAGAUAGAGGUUAUGCCCAUAUUAAAGUCACAGAUCCUGAUUUAAAAAAGAGAUGGUGCAAAUGGCUUCGGGGAGAUUAUCUGCAAGCCUAUUUUAAAACACAUGGAUUUGCAGUUAUGUUACCAGAAUAUUUUGAUACCCUAGGCAAUGCCUUUAUGUACGAAGUAUCACAAAUAUCAAAAAGUGUAUCAGACGUUGGCGUAUGCCCAACAACAACAGGACUAAUGCGCAUUGAUAAACGCGUCCAAAAGAACGGACCGGCAUUUACACAGCACUUUCUCUGGGAGCCUUAUACUCGUCAAAAACGUAAAAGAACGAUAAAAGUGGACAUAACCCCAGCAAUUGAAUUUGACUUAAACGACGAUAUAAUUAAUGAAAAUGACACAUUCCAUACAGAUGUUCUCAACAAAACUGUUAAACAUGGUAAGUUUAUGUUAGUUUUGACUCACGACCAAGGACCAUCUUGUCCACUUUGUUUCCGACUGACCUUUACAGAGACGGAAGUAGAUCUUGUCCGUUGUCUAGAUACUCAUCACAAAGACUGUUAUAAACUAUUGAAGUUUAUUUUCAAUAGUGGCGGAGGGGUUACGUUCUUAUCCUCAUACGUUUUUAAAACACUUGUACUAAAGCAUGGUUAUCACUGUAAAGAAACAGCUAACCUUGCAGUCUGUUUCAAACAGCUUGUUGCAGUAUGUCUUCACUAUCUAUUCAACAGGAAAACUGAGGAAAAAAUUGAAGUCAGCCGUUUGGUUCGCCUCUUCAUGCGGGGUGAAAAAUUCAAAUUACAUAUUCCUAGUAUCUUCAUCAAAGGACAUAACAUAAUGGACAGCAAGGAUUUUCAGAUUCCAUGUGAACAAUUCUUACUCGGAAUUGAGAGAAUGCUACAGUCGGUUGAAGAAAUCUGUUUUGCAGAAAAUCCAAAGGUCGACGACAUUGUUAUUGUAAACAGCCACAUGACUGCGUUUGUAUCUUAUGCCAAGUCAUCGCAGUUAGUUAACAAACAUCUAGAACUUCAGAAAUGUAUUUCAAUAAUUCAGCAGUAUUUCAAUUCAAAUGUCCUUGAAUGAAGAGAUUAUUUAAAUUGAUAUUCACGACACCGACAUA